AUGUCCGACGAAGACAGAGAAGAGGCUUUGGAACAAAUGCGCGAAUUGUUUAUCCAACAUCCAAAGGAAGGGAAAGUAGUGAACGAACUCGUCAAACAAUUGAGAAACUACUCGCGACGCGACAUAAAUAAAAAUAAUAACGCAAUAAAAGAAGCGCUGAAGGCACUGGAAGUACACAACGAGAGCGUCGAGGAGAAGAACUUGAGUUCAGGGACGUUGACGACGUGGGCAGUUUUACUCGAAAGCGAGAGAAACUAUAAACUCGCUCGCGAAAAAUUCGCUCUCGCGUGCGCGGUAGACUCGAAGAAUUUCGCCGCUCCGCACGCAUGGGGUAUGAUGGAACAGAAGAGAGGUAAUUACGACAAGGCGAGGAAGUUGCUGAUGAAAUCUUUGGAAAUAACGCCGAGGUCUACAACGUAUAACGCGUUGGCAAAUUUAGAAAAUCGAGUCGGAGAUAGAAAACAGGCGAGGAAGUAUUACGAGAAAUCCAUCGAGAAGCAAUCCGGGCGAAACGCCAAUGCUUCAAGUUCAGGAUACACGCAAUUUGCGAUGUUUGAAACUUCGUGUGGAAACUUUGACAAAGCGGAGGAACUGUUCGAGCGAGGAUGGGCUCUUCUCGAAUCGUCGAAAUCUUCAUCGUUCUCGUCUGAAUCGGUACAUUUAUUGACGAAUUGGGCAGACUUAUUGAGUAAGCGCAUGUUGACGCUGCAAAAUCAAACUAAUUCCGAGGUUAAGGAUGUCGUGAAUGGUAGAAAUGGUAGCAGUAAGAGUAGCAAUAGUGAUAGCAACGAUUCUAUUAGAAAGGUAUUCGAAGAGCGUGUGAGCGAAAAAUUUAGAUUGGCGGCAAAAUUAAAUCCAAGCAGAGCGGAAACUUAUACGUCUUGGAGUUUGAGUGAGAGGGCUUUUACGAGUAAAUUUGAUGCGAGUGAUAGUAAUAAGCGUUCGGUAACAUCGCGCGAGUACGAUAUCAUAACGGAGGGUAUUAGAAGAUGUCCUGGAGAGUCGAAACUUUAUUUAGCAGAGGCGAUGUAUUUGCGAAGAGAAAAUAGAACAGAAGAAGCGUUGGAAAAACUCGAAGUUCUUAGUGAAAGAUCGUUCGGGAAUCAGUUGGACGCUGGAAUGUUUGACCCGCACGUCUGGCACGCUCUCGGGAUGUGCAAAAGCGAUUUGUUCGAUUUCGAAGGAGCUGUUGAAGCUUUCGAGCGCGGGUCACGGGCUCGAAAAGACGGGAUUCUUAAUUUACCGUGCAUCACUGCUGAGGCGCACGCUGAGUUUAUCAACGGCAACGUGGGACGCGCGCGACAGUUAUUCAUCCUAGGACGCGACGAGUGCAUGCAACAAAAGAGAGUUCCACCGAGCGCCCGAGCGAGCCGACGGGAACGAUCCACUCACAACAGAUUAUGGGCGCUGCUCGAAAAAAGAGCUGGAACGGAAGAUGCGACUCGUGCGUUAUUUGCAGCCGCGGUGAAAGAAGAUAGAUCCGAUGCAACCGCGUGGAUGCAGUGGGGCCAGUGGGAAAAACGCAUGCAAGGUCCUGAAAUAGCGCGAGAUAUGUUUAGAAACGGACUAAAAAGCGGGACGACACGUUUGUCAGGAUUUCUGUAUCAAGCGUGGGCGCUUCUCGAGCAAGAAAGCGGCAACGACGACGUCGCUAGAGAAUUGUUUACCGAUGGGUGCAAAGCGUGCAGUAAUUUUGCCGAACUCUGGCACGGCUACGCUGCGUUUGAGGCGAAUUGUGGUAACUAUUCUCGUGCUCUUGAAAUUGUUUCCGAAGCUGAAUCCAAUGGUGUCUCCACGCACGAACCUCUCAUGCAACUCGCGGCUGAUUUGUUACGGUUAAGCGGCGAUAUCGAAGGCGCGAACCAAAGAGUCCGUGAGCUAGAUGAUAUGUUCAACGCAACAAACAGAGACGUCGACAAUCCAGGGAGGGAAGUUAUUUUAUAA